GAAUACACCAAACUUUAUGAACCAGAAUAAAUCCUUGUGGAAAGAUAUGGUCAACCACAAUGCCGGAUCUCAUAUAGAAAUGAUGAAUGAAGCUAAACCUUUAGAUACGUUAGUCUCUAAGGCUUCUGAUGUAAGCUCCUUGCUACAAAGAGUGCUGCAAAACUACUGAAGGUCUGAUUUAUUACAUAAACGCCAGAAGCCUAUUGUUCAAAAUCAUGCACAGCUUGUGCAAGCUUGGACUGAGGCUCAGCAAGAUGGGAAAUUAGAUAUUAUCCCACCAGUAAAACAAGAUGAAAAUAUAUGCUGAAUAACUUCUCAGAAGCAGACAGCCGGACCAGAUGCGGGUAUAAUUGACCACUAUCAUCAGACCAGAAUUUCAAAAUUCGACAUGGAUACUCCUGAAAAUGAGAUGAUGGGUGAAACUGCAAAUGCUCUGGUCAAGGCUUGGAACAUCAAGAUAGAUAAUAUCAUCAAAAACAAGGAUCUUGAUUAUGCAUCUUUAUAUCCAGAUCUUUCUAAUCACAAGAAUUCUAAAAUCAAUCUUAAUGACACCAAUCUAAUAUUAGAAAGGAAUUCCCAAAACUGACCAAAAGUUCUUCAGACUAGUAAUAGUAGCAACACGCUCAAAAAGAUGCAGAGGUUCUACCAAGCCAUCUAUGUUAAAGCUAAGCGGGGUCUUCCAAAGGGAAUGAAAUCGAAGAAAUUAAUUUUGAAAUCAAUGUGUGAGAAGCUGAGGAAAACUUCACUGCUCUCAGAGGUUUCAACUGAUGAUUUGCUAUUUCACCUCUGAAGUAUAAUUUAUCCAUCAAAAACCUAUAUCAAAAACAGAGCUAUCUUCACUCCGUCCCAGGGAUGUAUGGAGACUAAGGCUGAAGUUCGGGCAAAAAGGGCAAUAACAGAUUUUCAAAAUUCCUUAAUGAACUUUUCCCCAGAAAAAUUUAACGAACUUCUCAACCAUACUACGUUUGAGAAGUUAUACAUCUUUUUUAUGGAAAACCUGACUAUGGCAAAGGAAAAGAGUGAAUCUAAAGACACUCAGACUGAGAAGACCCUGGCGGCACUAACUUAUAAAAUAUCUGCCGUAUAAGCUUGUAUAUGCAUUUUUUAAUUUAAUUUAACUCAUAUGCUUC